UGAGCACUACAGUGUGUUACCACUGAAGCUGAGACGAUAGACCAACGCAAAUCGAGGGUAGCGCAAGGAUUGGACUGGGUGAAUGCAGCCCUCAACAGUGGCGAUUGCGGCAUUCUUUUCCACCAUUUUUGGGGAGAUAAGAGGACACCCAAAGUAACGUCAACAUUCGUCGAAGGGUCAUGUUUCGUUCCAAUUAGCUCGUUCAUAAGGCUAACAAUUUACUAUUCGUAUCAUCAGGCAGUUAUCUGAAUGUAUAUUUCAUAGUUGGCAAGCUGUAUUUUUUUUCUUCUGAAAGUGUUGACUUUUAAAGAGACGGAGGAGGCUGAGUAACGUUAAACGAAAUACAACUGACAUAAGGAGCCGAUAGUCCACCAUGGAUAACGCUCACACAAAGAGUGUUGAAGAAGUUUAUAGCGAUUUUUCUGUCAACGAAAGCACAGGACUUGGUUUGGACCAGGUGAAACGUCAGAAGGAGAAAUGGGGCUCGAACGAGCUACCUGCUGAAGAAGGGAAGUCUCUAUGGGAGCUUGUUGUUGAACAGUUUGAAGAUUUACUUGUAAGAAUUCUUCUGCUGGCAGCUUGCAUAUCUUUUGUCUUGGCCUUAUUCGAGGAUGGAGAAGAAACAAUCACAGCGUUUGUGGAGCCUUUUGUAAUCUUACUCAUUCUUAUAGCCAAUGCCAUAGUGGGUGUGUGGCAGGAACGCAAUGCUGAGGAUGCCAUUGAAGCCCUUAAAGAGUACGAGCCUGAGAUGGGCAAGGUCUACCGCCAGGACAGGAAGACCGUUCAGAGGAUCAAGGCCAAAGAAAUCGUGCCUGGAGACAUCGUCGAGGUUGCUGUUGGAGACAAGGUUCCUGCAGACAUCCGUCUUACGUCCAUCAAAUCUACAACACUGAGAGUAGACCAGUCCAUCCUGACCGGCGAGUCGGUCUCUGUCAUCAAGCACACGGACCCAGUGCCUGACCCUCGAGCUGUCAACCAGGACAAGAAGAACAUGCUCUUCUCCGGCACCAACAUCUCGUCUGGCAAGGCUAUUGGUGUGGUGGUGGCCACGGGCGUGAACACUGAGAUUGGUAAGAUCCGUGAUGAGAUGGCAGCCACUGAGCAGGAGAAGACCCCCCUGCAGCAGAAGCUGGAUGAGUUCGGGGAGCAGCUGUCCAAGGUCAUCUCCCUGAUCUGCAUCGCUGUGUGGAUGAUUAACAUCGGCCACUUCAACGACCCCGUCCACGGAGGCUCCUGGAUCCGCGGCGCCGUCUACUACUUCAAGAUCGCCGUGGCCCUGGCCGUGGCCGCCAUCCCCGAGGGUCUGCCUGCUGUCAUCACCACCUGCCUGGCCCUGGGCACCCGCCGCAUGGCCAAGAAGAACGCCAUCGUCCGCAGCCUGCCCUCUGUGGAGACCCUGGGCUGCACCUCUGUCAUCUGCUCCGACAAGACCGGCACCCUCACCACCAACCAGAUGUCUGUCUGCAGGAUGUUCAUCAUUGACCAGGCCGAAGGGAACAGCUGCUCUCUGAAUGAGUUCACCAUCACUGGCUCUACUUACGCCCCUGAAGGAGAAGUGUACCAGGAUGGCAGACUAGUGAAGUCCUCUGCGUAUGAUGGUCUAGUGGAAAUUGCCACCAUCUGUGCCCUGUGCAAUGACUCCUCUCUGGACUUCAAUGAGGCCAAAGGUGUGUAUGAGAAGGUUGGCGAGGCUACAGAGACGGCUCUCACCUGCCUAGUGGAGAAGAUGAAUGCGUUUGACACCGAUGUCAAAGGCCUGACCAAGAUCGACAGGGCCAACGCCUGCAACUCUGUGAUCAUGCAACUGAUGAAGAAGGAAUUCACCCUGGAGUUCUCCAGAGACAGGAAGUCGAUGUCUGUGUACUGCACCCCCAACAAGGCCCGCUCCUCGCUUGGAAAGAUGUUUGUCAAGGGUGCCCCCGAGGGAGUUAUUGACAGAUGUACUCAUGUCAGAGUGGGCACCUGCAAGGUUGCCAUGACCCCGGGCAUCAAAGAGAAGAUCAUGUCUACGAUCCGUGGGUACGGGACGGGGCGUGACACCCUGCGCUGCCUGGCUCUGGCCACCCGGGACACCCCACCCAGGAAGGAGGACAUGGUGCUGGUCGAUUGUGCCCGCUUCGUUGAUUAUGAGUCUGACCUGACCUUUGUGGGCUGCGUUGGCAUGCUGGACCCUCCCAGGACCGAGGUGGCUGCCUCCAUCAAGCUGUGCCGCCUAGCCGGCAUCCGCGUCAUCAUGAUCACCGGCGACAACAAGGGCACUGCUGUGGCCAUCUGCCGCCGUAUCGGCAUCCUGGGUGAGGAAGACGACGUGGACAAAAUGGCGUUCACUGGCCGCGAGUUUGACGACCUGUCCCUUCAGGCCCAACGCGAUGCUGUUAUCAACGCCCGCUGCUUCGCCCGUGUCGAGCCCUCCCACAAGUCCAAGAUCGUUGAGUUCCUGCAGGCCAUGGACGAGAUCACAGCCAUGACUGGUGAUGGAGUGAACGAUGCUCCUGCCUUGAAGAAGGCAGAGAUUGGCAUCGCCAUGGGCUCUGGCACUGCCGUGGCCAAGUCAGCCUCUGAGAUGGUCCUGGCCGAUGACAACUUUUCUUCCAUCGUGGCGGCUGUGGAGGAGGGCAGGGCCAUCUACAACAACAUGAAACAGUUCAUCCGCUACCUCAUCUCCUCCAACGUGGGAGAGGUCGUCUGUAUCUUCCUGACGGCUGCUCUGGGCUUCCCUGAGGCUCUGAUCCCCGUUCAGCUGCUGUGGGUCAACCUGGUGACAGAUGGUCUCCCUGCCACCGCACUGGGCUUCAACCCCCCCGACCUGGACAUCAUGAACAAGCCCCCCCGCAGUGCCAAGGAGCCCCUCAUCUCUGGAUGGCUCUUCUUCAGAUACCUGGCCAUCGGAUGCUAUGUGGGAGCUGCCACAGUGGGAGCCGCUACCUGGUGGUUCGUGGCUGCUGAGGAUGGCCCUAUGAUCUCUCUGUACCAGCUGAGCCACUUCCUGCAGUGUUCCCCUGACAACCCUGACUUCUCAGACCUGGAGUGUCAUGUGUUUGAGUCCCCCUACCCCAUGACCAUGGCCCUGUCUGUGCUUGUCACCAUUGAGAUGUGCAAUGCCCUUAACAGCCUGUCAGAGAACCAGUCCCUGCUGCGUAUGCCUCCCUGGGAGAACAUCUGGCUGCUGGGGGCCAUCUGCCUCUCCAUGUCCCUCCACUUCCUCAUCCUCUAUGUGGAGCCACUGCCCGUCAUCUUCCAGAUCACCCCUCUGGACCUGACCCAGUGGCUGGUGGUGCUGAAGAUCUCCCUGCCCGUCAUCCUGCUGGAUGAGCUCCUAAAGUUCGUGGCCAGGAACUACCUGGAACCCGGUAACCAGCCAGAGUCUAAGUCAGCCAGCAAAGGCUGGUCCCUCUCUGCAUGCACAGAGGGCAUCUCCUGGCCCUUUGUGGGCAUCACCCUCCCCCUGGUGCUGUGGCUCUACAGCAUCGACACUAACGUGUCUGCCCUGUUCUGGUCCUGACUACACCACACAACCCUCCCAGUGCACCAGUGUGAGUGGAGAUUAACACACGUCUAACAAAAUCCCCCAUUAACCAGGAUCAACUACAACAACCACAUCAACUGCAGUGAAAGCUCAAGUCAACAUUUGUACCUGUGUUGAUGACAGAUGUAAUCUGUGAGCCCUCUGCUGGUUCGUCUCCAGGACAUUUUCACCAUUCCGCUUUUGGUUUGUCAUUUGUCCAUGUCUUUAAUUUAAUAUCAAGCUUUUGGUUAUUUUUUUGCUCCCCAUUUUUUUGAACAGGCAUAAAAAAAAUAUGCUAAUUAGGAGCUGUCUGUGUACAGAGAAUUAACACUAUUUUAUCAAAAUUAAGAUUUUUGUAGCUUUGGGAAGGCGUGGGGGGGGGGCAGCCAGGUGAUUUAAGGGGAGUGCACAGAACUCAAACGUUUCUCUUGUUUUCAGUGUGAACUUUGACCUCUAAAGAACUUGUAGAUAAGUAUGCUGUGCCAUAACUGUAAGGACCAUCAUUUGCACUGAAUCAGAAGUCUGUACCAAAACUGCAUGUAUUCUGCCCAGGCAUGAAUAACGGGGAUUUCUUCACCAAAUUAAUGAUUGUUCGUUCCCCUGUUUGAGCUCCUCCAUUUGCUUUUUUUGUGUUUAUUUUCUGCUCUAGUCAGAGCACAGCUACCUCAAUGCUAUUGAUAUCACAAUUGAUUACUACCUGUGUUCCUCAGUAAGCUUUUCAUAAACAUUGUCAUAUUGAGUGUUGAGGUAUGCGCCAUUUCGCUUGUGAAUAAGGAAAUCUAGAGCCCUCAUUUGCCUUUUAUGUUGCUUUUUUAAAGUUUAAUCUGUGUUUUGAUGUUCCUUGAGGGAGGUUAGGGUUAGGACAAAUAUAUAAUAUGUUACCUUAGUUCAAUUCAAAGCAGUUUUUUGUAAUAUAGACAAGCCUGUCGUUAAACACGUUUACUUGAACACAACAUAUUCUGUCUUUUCAUUAAGGUUCACUUUUUUAAAUGUUUGGUCUUCAUUUAUGGACACUGUAGUGUCUUUAUUACAAUAAUUAUAUAGAUUAAGUAUUGUGCAUAUACUGUACUUGAAUAUGUAUAAACACACCAAGUGGUGGAUUUUCUUAUCA